AUGUCGCCUCCGAUGAUGACAUACGAGGAGAAGGAGAAGAAGAAUCAACAACAGUUACAACCGUCGUCAAAUCCUUCGACGUCGCAAUCGCUGCUCGAUAUCGAGAAAAAAGACACGACGCGACCAAACGGAACGGCGACGACGAUUGGUUGUGGAGCUGCUUCGAGUUUGUUGAACAUCGUUCAGAUGAAAGAAAAUCACUCAAACAGAAGAAGGAGCGAUAUUUAUACCAACAACAUUGCACUCAACGAAGAGAUACAGAAACAAACGAAUAGCAAAGAAGAAAAAGAUGUGCUGAUAAAACCAAACAGAAUGCCAUCAAUAGCCCCUGCGCAACCCUCGGCGCUUUUGAGUAAGUUGUCCGCGUUUUUGCCUCAAAUGCACGAGGCGAACUUACAGUUGGAGGAAAAAAUUCAAAAAAAUCCGAUAUUAGCAAAACGAGAGAUUGAAAUCGACGCCGUCCUCGACGAAGAAGCAGAUGAUGCCACGGACGAUGCAGAAGAAGAAGAAGAAGAAGAAGGAAAACCACAAAUUGAGAUGAGUUUAGGUAUGGGCGUUGUAGAUUUGAAAACGGCGGAGGUGGUAGAAGAAGUUGAAAAGUUGGUUGGAGGUUUCGCUAAUAACGAAUGGAAUAGUAAGAGCGAGAAGACCAACGACGACGCCGAAGGAGAAGAAGACGAAAAUAUCGAAAAAGCUCACAAGAAGAAGAAAAAGAAAAAGAUAGAAGUGUUGUAA